GGUCUGCUCCUCUUUCAACGCAUUCCUCAUUCAACCUAAGAUUUAAAACAGUUUGUCUUCCAUCCAAAAAAACUGUCUCUCACCCAUGACCACCAUGAUCUUCACUGCUUAUCAGUUCCCAGAUUCAUCCCAUCCAUGUUCUAACAUACAUAUUUUAAGAUAUUACAACUUCCAAUACUUAGACGCUAUAAAUACACCCAAGAAAUCUUUCGUCUCAAGUAUUGUUGGUUCCGGCUACGCGAUGGAGUUGGCUUUGACGGCGAGAAGGUUCUCUGAUUUGUAGGUAAAACAGUUGGGCCUGUUUUCGAGUUUUUCAUUUUGCAACAUAUGAAGGCGUUAAGGAACUUGCUUGGGGUUUGUUUCUUUUUCUUACUCUCGGUUUUUAAUUCACGUGUGUUAGAUAAUUCAAUAUUUUCUUUGCAUGUUUCAAUUUUCAAGUGGUUUGAUGAAUUUUCUGUACAAAUUAUUUGAAUCAAUUCUUAACUUUACUUUAUAUCAAUGGAUGAAAACAUAUUUCUGGUUGUAACUUCUGUGUUGAUAUGUUGAUGAUUUGAUUUGAUCAUUUUCCCUUUCUGAAUCACAUCUUGUCGAUUAAUUAUAGCUAAGAUCAGUAAGGUGAUUCAAUAGAUAUGUAAUGUUUAUGUGUGUAUUUGUAUAUGUAUUCCAAGUGUUUGACAAUAUGUUCGACCCAUGAGAAUUUCUAGGAGUUGGGUGUGUUUGAUAACCGAUGGCUUCAUUGAGUUUGGAUAGCCAUAUCGUUUUAAUAAUAGUUGUUGACUUUUUUGGUUGAAAUGAUGAAAGAGUUGUUGGAACGAUGGGAAAAGACGCAAAGGCGAGAGGGAAGGGUAAGGGAAAGCAGGCUGCAAGUGGAAGUGAUGAGAAUGCUUCUAAGGGAAAAGGAGAAUGUGGGAAAGCUGCAGAUGGGCUUGGUACUUGUACCUAUGUCAAAGGCAUGUCUUAUGUGAGAAACAAGGUAAGAUUAAUGAAGCCUACAAGAAGUUGCAGGAUGGUUGGCUUAGCAACGGAGAUAAGGUUCCUCCGAAAGAAUUUGCAAAGGCUGCUUGUAAAUCUUUUCCUGAUGAUCAAGAGGCCCCCAAAGCUAUUAAUCUUUUGUAUGAUUCAACUUUGGUUUGGAGUGGAUUAAGGCCUGAUAAUCCAGCACAACUUGGAGGGAAGAUAUACGAGAUGAUGGAUAAAUGGUCAUCUUGAACUUAGUUUGAGUCAAGUAAAUGGUCAUGUUGAACUUAGUUUGGUCUAUAAACAGUAGAAGCUGAAGUGGUCGAGCCAACUGAAGCUGGCAUUCAAGAUUUCACUUCUUUCUCUUUCUUCAAAGUUAUAUAUUUGAACAACAAUAUUGUUUGUAUUUUAUAGAUAUGUUUAGUAACUUUCAAUGUAAUGCCAAUCUCGUGUAAUUCACAAGGUAUUGGCUGGCUUGACAUUAGUUAAGCUUAUUCAUUGUCGCUAUUAUUUUAAA